AUGCCUGCCUCGACGACUGGAGCCGAUCUCACGCGGAGAGAAUGGGUGUUCGCCUUCUCUCUGGUGACGUCGCUCUUCUUCACAUGGGGUUUUGCCUACGGUCUCCUCGAUGUCCUCAAUUCCCAUUUCCAGACCGUAUUUGGUAUCUCUAAGCUGCAGAGUACAAUGCUUCAAUUGGCAUAUUUUGGAGCGUACUUGGUCUAUGCACCCAUAGCGGGCAUGUUCAUGCGGAAGUAUGGGUACAAGAAAGGUAUCCAUAUGGGCUUAACAUAUUACUCGCUGGGUGCCAUAUUCUUCUGGCCCUCAGCGAGAUACGAAAAAUACGGCGGGUUUGUAGGAAGCACGUUUGUUAUUGGAUGUGGACUCUCGUGCCUUGAGGUCGCCGCAAAUUCUUACAUUUCCGUACUUGGCUCGCCCAAGUAUGCAGCCGCGCGACUGAACUUCAGUCAAGGAUUCCAGGGUGUCGCUUCCUUUGCGGGGCCCAUGAUUGCGUCAAAGUGGUUCUUCACAGGGAAGAACGCAACAUCUCUGUAUACGGUUCAGUGGGUGUACGUCGCUGUCGCAGGGCUUGGCGUCGUCCUCAACAUCCUGUUUUACUUCUGCCCCCUACCAGAGAUCUCGGAGGACGCGAUAUCAGAAGAAAUGGAAAACUCAGGACUUACGGUCGAUCAAGAACCAUUCUGGAAGCAAUAUCAUUGCAUAUUUGGCUGGGUGGCGCAGACGACAUACGUCGGUGCACAAGUGGGCGUCGCCGCUAUGGCGGUGAACUUUUUCGUGGGUCAGAAUGUCGGAAUCAGCAAACCCGAGGCCAGCCAGUUGUUUUCCUAUUGUCAGAUCACGUUCACCGUAGGAAGAUUCGUCGGUGUCGCGAUCCUCAACUUCAUAGAUCCUGCGCUGAUGUUGAGCAUAUACGGAGUGGCGUGUGCAGCCUUCGCUCUUGCAACAGCCUACGCACCCGGUAAGGGAGGCGUAGGCUGUCUGUUCGGGCUCUUUUUCUUCGAGUCUAUAUGCUAUCCCGUGAUCUUCACGUUGGCCACGAAGAAUCUGGGCCGUCAUACCAAGAAAGGAUCCGGGUUGGUCGUCAUGGGUGUCGGAGGCGGUGCGUGGUACCCGCCUGCCCAAGGAGCCAUAGCAGAUUACAACACUGCGCACUCCUACGUCGUUCCUUUCACGGGCUACGUGGCGAUGACUGUCUACGCUGUUGGUAUGAUGAUAUCCCAGGCGAAGACCGGUGGCUUCCGCUUCCGCACGGUCGACGAGAUCCAGGCCACGACAAAGCCCAAGGUGACAGACUCGGAAUCCUUCUGUGACAAUGAUCGCAAGUCGACGACACCGAUUGAAGACAAGAAGGUCGUGGAGGAGUUUGUAGAGAGUAUAUGAUGGGUGCCCGUGCUUAGCACAUGUUGUGUGCUCUUGCGCCUAGACUCAUAUCAUGAGAUACAUGUUUCUGGUGGCCGAUGAUCCUAUUGUGUAUUGUAUCUUGUAUAUCAAAUUCUAGUCUCUGCAGUCGA